GUAGUAGCAUUUAUACUCUUCUUCUCCAACUUGUGUAAACCACCACGUCUUUCUUCUUCCAAGCACUUUGUGCAGUCCCCUGUGACGCCCUCGCCAUGUUGGAAGGAAAGGCAGUCAUUAGCAACACUGACAUGCUUCAAACCAUGCAGGAUGAAGCACUCCGCCUCGCCGCCAAAGCCCUUGAUGUCUUUGAUGUCACUGAUUCCACCCAGAUUGCUUGUUUCAUUAAGAAGGAAUUUGACAAGCUUCAUGGACCAGGGUGGCAAUGCAUCGUGGGAACAGAUUUUGGUUCUUUUGUUACUCACUUCUGUGGCUGUUUCAUCCACUUCUGCAUUGGCAGCCUUGCAAUCUUGCUUUUCAAGGGUGCUGCAGGGCCCGAAGCUGAGGAAAAUCGGGUCACAGCUUUGGAGCCAGUGAAGGCGUGAAACUGUUUUUUUGUUGUUCUUGACGAGUUUAAUAUGUAAAGAAGGAAAAUUGCAAGUUUAAUAGAUUUCAUGUUUCGCAGU